AUGCCCGUUGGUUCUAUCGACAUGAAACAAUAUAAUGAGGACACUCUUUUUUCAAAACUUAUUGAUUUUGACAAUAAAGAGUAUUCAAUGUGUGUAAGUAUUAUGACUGAAAGUGAUCUAAAUUUAGAAGAAACAGUGGGUCUUCUAACCCAGCAUGCAUACACCCUUCUUGGUGCAUAUGAAGUCGAUGGUCAUAAGUUGCUUAAAAUACGAAAUCCUUGGGGAAAAUGCGAGUGGACAGGGAAAUGGAGUGAUGAAGACUCUUCAUGGACUCAAGAAAUGAAAGAUGAAUUAAAUGUGGUUGUCGCAGAUGAUGGUAUUUUUUAUAUGGAAAUUGGAGACUUUGUGCACUAUUUUGAAAUCAUCAAUGUUGUGUAUUACAACGAAAAAUUAAAAUAUAUAAAAACCAUAGAUUUGGCAAUUCAAAACAAUCAAAUUGAAAUUCGAGCAAAAUUGGAAGGCGAAGUUGUUAUAACUUUAAUACAGAAAAUUGAAAAGUUGAAUGCAUUAAGAACUUGGACUUUGGAUUUGGAUGAUAAUUUAAUAGGCGGAGAGUCUGGAAAGACUUUUAAUAUGAACCCAACUGUAAAAGGAGAAAAUAUGACAGUCGUAGCCGGAGAGUACAAAAUAAUAGCUGACAUGUUUCCGGGUAAGUCUGCACCUAAUAGAGCAGUGUUUAAUAUGAUGAUUAGAAGUGACCAUGAAGCGAGUAUUCAAAGUGUUACUGAUAUCACUAACGAGAAUGAAUACAAUUAUUUCACACGUGAAGAACUAGCAAAUGUGAUAAGAUGUGAUCAAUGCAAGAAACCUAUUGCUCAUUGGGAAAUGGUGCAAUGCAGUGUCGGGACUUUCCACCAAAAAUGCUUUGUAUGUGAAAUUUGUGGAGAGCCUUUGGUGGGCAGUUAUACAAUCUGUGAUGGAAAGAAAACAUGUCAAAGAUGUGCCGAAAAUCCAGAGGAAGGUAUUGAUACUAAAAAUAGACGAAGUAAUGAAAACAGUGUUGGUGGAUCAUUUUAA